UCUGUUGUGGUUCUGUGGUGGUUUUCUCUGGUUCUGUGUGGUGAUCUUGUGUGGUUCUGUGGUGGUAUUGUGUAGUUCUGUGGUUGUGUUGUGGUUCUGUGGUCGUUCUCUGGUGGUUUUGUUGUGAUUCUGUGGUGGUUUUCUGUGGUGGUUCUGUUCUUGAGUGGUUCUCUGUGGUUCUGUGGUGUUUUGUGGUCCUGUGUGGUUCUGUGUUGGUUUUAUGUGGUUCUAUGUGGUUCUGACUCCACACCAGACUCCAUCCAAAUAUCUGCAUAUUAAUAGUUUGAUGGAGAAGAGCAGUAGUGAUGGAGAUCUGAGUUCUGUAGGAACAAAGUUUAUUGUGGAACCAUGUUCAGGUCUGUCAUGUUAAUAAUGCAGCUAACAACAACUAACAGAGUUCUGCCUGCAGUUUAAGUGUUCACAAGUGUGGUUCUGUGGUGUUUUUUUUGUAGUUCUGUUGUAGUUCUGUGUUGGUUUUGUAGUUCUGUGGUGGUUUUGUAGUUCUGUGGUGGUUUUGUAGUUCUGUGGUGGUUUUGUAGUUCAGUGGUGGUUUUGUUGUGGUUCUGUUGUAGUUGUGUGGUUGUGUUGUGGUUCUGUGGUUCUUUGGUGGUUUUGUUGUGGUUUUGUUGUGAUUCUGUGGUGGUUUUCUGUGGCGGUUCUAUUCUUGUGUGGCGGUUCUGUUCUUGAGUGGUUCUGUGUUGGUUCUAUGUGGUUCUGACUCCACACCAGACUCCAUCUAAAUAUCUGCAUAUUUAACGUUUGAUGGAGGAGAACAGUAGUGAUGGAGACAGUUCUCUGAGUUCUGUAGGAAUAAGGUUUAUUGUGGAGCCGUGUUCAGGUCGGUCACAGUAAUAAUGCAGCUAACAACAACUAACAGAGUUCUGCUGCAGACGUUCCUCAUGUUGCAGACUGGUUCCAUGUUUUCAACCCAAUAAUAAUUAAAAAACAAUACAAACAGUCCUGUGGCCUUACUGCAAGAAUAAAACCACAGUUUAGGUGUUAACAAGUGUGGUUCUGUUGUGGUUCUGUUGUGGUUCUGUGGUUCUUUGAUGAUUCUGUGGUUCUGACUCUGACACUGGAUGUCAGUGGUGAAUUAUUAGUUAUUACCAAUAAAAAUAGCAGAAGUAUAACAUUAACUGAUUUGACACACAACUCCAUUCAAAUAUCUGUUGAUUUAAUGUUUGUUUGCUCACAUAUUAGAGUUACAUUACAUCACAUGUCAUUUAGCUGAUAUAGCCGAUAUAUUAGUGUUGUCACAAUACUAAAAUGUUCAACUCGAUACCGAUACUCAGGAAAAUAUUCGAUACUCGAUACCAUUUUCGAUACCACCAGGAUAAAAACAAAGACCCCAAAAUUUAACAGAAAUAUUUUUAUUAACAAGAAAAAUGCAACAUGUAAAAAUGAACAGAACCACAGGUUAAAUAUUUAUAAUAAAAAACAGUUGUGCAAAAAGAAACUGCAACUAUGAUAACAAGCUUCAGGUCUGAGGUAGUGCAAACAAUAAAUACAGUAAACAAUAACAAUUAGAACAAUAUUUUGAGGUUGUAUGCUGUGCACAAUAUUAGGCAAGCUUGAUAAAAAAAAUAACAAUAACUUAACUUAAGUGUUCAUUCCUUGGCUAGGUAUCGAUAAUUUUGAAAAUGAGUAUCGUAUCCGGACACAACGUUUUAGUAUCGAUACGUUUUUGAGUAUCAAUACUUUUGACAACCCUAAUAAACACCCGGCAGCUCCUGAACAACCAGAGCAAGUCCACACCAAACUCCAUUCAGAUAUCCGUCCAUUUAAUGUCAGUUUGCUCACAUAUGCAUAACUAAUAUUUUGUGUGGUGCCACUGAGGGAACGGUUGUUGUUUGGAGGCGUUAACUGGCGUGUGGUUCUCCUGUGGCCCCCAGCGGGCCCUCAGGAUGCAGCUCUGGAGGCUCCACACACAAUGAGUGGUGAUGAAGAGACAGAAGCUGGUGGGAGUGCUGCUCUUCGUCGGCGGCCUGCUCGUCUACCUCAUGUUGGUGAAGCGUCACUACUCGGCCACAGAGCCUGACGCCCCCAGACCGCCGCCGCCCCCGCGGCCCGGCCCCGACCCCCCUGCCGCCGCCGCGGGACGCAGCUUCCAGUACGGCAUCAUGUUCGACGCCGGCAGCACCGGGACCAGGAUCCACAUCUUCAAGUUCCAGAUGGAGAACAAUGAAUCUCCCAAACUGGCUCACGAGACGUUCAGGGCCAUCGAGCCGGGACUGUCAGCGUACGCCGACGAGCCCCACAAGUGUGCAGCAGGACUCAGGGGGCUCCUGGAGGUGGCCCAGUCCAGCGUCCCCUCCUCCGUGUGGGACGUCACCCCGGUGGUCCUGAGGGCCACGGCCGGCCUCCGCCUGCUGCCUGGAGAGAAGGCUACACACCUGCUGGACCAGGUGAGGGCGCUGUUCGUGGAGUCUCCCUUCCUGUCCAGAGACGACAGCGUGUCCAUCAUGGACGGCACCGACGAAGGGAUUUCUGCCUGGAUCACCGUCAACUUCCUCACUGGUGAUCUCCACAGGUCUGGUUCUCCCACAGCGGGGAUGUUGGACCUGGGAGGAGGAUCCACCCAGAUCACCUUCAGCCCUCAGGACGAGAGGACCAUCCAGACGUCUCCCAUCGACUUCAUCAGGUCCUUCCAGAUGUUCAACAACACACACACCGUCUACACUCACAGUUAUCUGGGUCUGGGUCUGAUGUCAGCUCGUCUCGCCGUGUUAGGAGGCGUCGAAGCUUCUCCUCUAGGGGGCAGCAGAGAGCUGUUCAGUCCCUGUGUGUCCCCUGACUCGUCGUCCAGCUGGGAGCAUGGGGAGGUGGUGUACACGGUGAGAGGACAGGAGACAGGGGACCGGCCCUACGAGGCGUGCAGGACUCGGGUGCAGAAGGUUCUGGACAGGAAGGUGCUGAAGGCAGCCGAGGCCGCAGAGCGCCACUUCUACGCCUCCUCCUACUACUACGACCGCGCCGUCGACCUCGGGGUCAUCGAGGAGAAGACGGGAGGAACCAUCCGAGUGUCCGAUUACAUCGACGCGGCCAAAAGAGUGUGUGGCGAGCUGCAGAGCCCCGCCCCCCCGCAGAGCCCCGCCCCCCCUCAGAGCCCCUUUCUCUGCCUGGACCUGGUCUACAUCUCAGUCCUGCUGCAGGAGCUCGGCUUCCCCCCCGACAAGCACUUCAAGCUGGCGAGGACGAUCCACCAGGUGGAGACCAGUUGGGCCCUCGGAGCCACUUUUCAUUACAUUGAGUCCCUGAAGAGACACUGAUGCUUUUAUUGUGAAAAACCUCACGAACAUCCUGAAUGUUGACUCGCAGUGACCUCACCCCCCGACCCCCCCCAUGACACCUGCAGGAUGAAGCAGCUCUCCUAUUGGCCGGCUCCAGGUGAUGUCACUGAGACCUGAGGAAAGAAUAAAAAAUAAAUGGAAUAAAAAUAACAAAAUAAAUAGAAUAAAACCGAAAAUUUCAUUAAAAUGAAUAUACAAUAAUAAAUUAGAAUUAAAUAUCAUUAAAUCCAAUUUAAGUCAAUAACUAAAUACAUAUUAAAAAAGAAAGGAUGAAAAUAAAUUAAUAAAAUACCAUAAAAUUGAAUUAAAUUCAAAUAAAAAAUAUACAUCUAAAAAAGAAAAAAAUAAUUAUAAAUUCAUAAAAUGGCAUUGAAUUAAAUUUAAAUUAAUAGAUAAAUACAUUAUAACAUUUGAAAGAAAAAGAAGGUAUCUGAAGAAAAAAAAAAACAUACAAAUGACUAACAGAAAAAUUAAAUUAAAAUAAACGAACUUAAAGAAAAGAAAGAGGACUGGAGUCAGCUGACAUCACGUCUGACCGUCCAAUCAGACGCUCCGCUGCCCCUCAGCUGCACAAAGCUUCAAUAUGAACCACAGUGACCUCAUUAAAUGCAUCAAUAAUAAUAAUAAUACUUUUAUAAAGUACUCAUACUUUUAUUCAGUGAAUGCAGGACUUUUAACAGAAGUUUGAGUACUUUAAUGUGAGUAAAACCUCAGAAUACUUGGAGCAGCGGUUUUUAUUCAGACUUUACCUCCAGUGACCUCUUUUAAACAUUUAAUUUCUCCUUUCACAUCUGGAACAUCUGGAGUAAAGGAGUUUGAGGUUUUUUUUGUUUGUACUGAGAAUGAAUGUUUGUGCCAAAUCAAUAUCGAUCAUAUCAAAAAGUUUUUUACAGAAACGAAGUAGAUGUUUCAGUUAUUAAUGACUUUUGAAGCUUUGGAGCAUUUUUAUUAAAUGUGUGUCAGUAAAAAGUUUCUCCAUCGGAGUAGACGGACACGUUUUCUGUUUGUUUUCUACUUCCUGUUUGUGUUUGUUUGCAAUAAAACUGACGUGAUGAAUUUCA